AUGGCUCUCAUCCGUUUCUUCAUCCUAACCUCUUUGGUGUUCUUCCCACUUUUGCUAGUCAUUGCCUCUGCUAAUGAUUAUGGCUACAGUACCCCAGAUGUUAAAAACCAAGACCCAGAAAAGUAUGACUUGAAGCCAAAACCAGAUGAAGUUGCAGAAAACGAUGGCGCCUAUGAACCCAAGUCCAAGCCUGUAGAAGAAGAAGAAGAAGUGAAGAAAUAUGAUUAUAGCCUAAAGCCGAAGCUAGAAGAGACAAAGAAGAGCAUUGAGCAUGAAUGGAAGCAGAAAGAAGACCAUGAUGAUGAAGACGAGAAAGAAAAAGAAAAGAAAGGUUAUGCAGGUAAUUAUGGUGCAGAGGAAGAAAAGAAGAAUAGUCAUGGUUAUGAGGAAGGAGUAGAAGUCAGUUAUGGAUUUUCAAAGAAGCCAAAGUACCAAGAAGAAGAAAAGGAAGUCAGUAUUGGUUUUGAAGGUUUUGUUCUGUGUAAAUCAGGCCUCAAGUACUACCCAAUUCAAGGAGCUGUUGCAAAGAUAAAAUGUCUGGUAGAGGAUGAAAAUGGGUAUGAGAGAGCUCCAGUUACAGUAUCCAGUUGUCCAGCGGAUGAAAAGGGUUAUUUCUUGGGGAAAGUGUCUGAAUCAGAUAUGGGAAAAAAGUUGAAGAUCAAAGAGUGCAAGGCAUUUAUUGAAAGGUCGCCACUGGAGACCUGUAAUGUUCCAUGUGAUGUCAACAAAGGGAUUACUGGUGCUUUACUUUCUGCUUAUCGCGUUCUUAACGAGAAAUACAUGAAGCUCUACUCAGUAGGACCUUUCUUCUUCACCCCGAAAACUGAACCAGCUCCCGGACAUGGUUAUUAAUGGCGGUUUCUGUUUCUUUAUAAUGAUUAAGAAGAGUUCGUUUGAAGAGAUUUGGUUGGA